AUGACUGACUCCCUUACGUUAAAUGUUGUGAGCUACUCCGUAUUAGCUGCGCCAUACUCCGUAAUGGGAUGCUGGUAUGGGCUCCUCACUGAGACGUCAUUUCGGCUUAUAGUGCGUCUAGAACUCUUUAUUCUUCCUAGCAGCCUAUAUCCGCGCCAAGUACUAAUCUAUCUUUCAGAAAAACAUCUUAGCACAACAAGUACCGAUCCUGCUGCACUAAUGAAAAUUACCCCGGUCACUACGAUGGCCACUCUCCAAAUGGCCGCUCCAGGUAAACGUCCUGGCAGUGUGGCGAUUCUUGCAUUGAACAAGGGGACUUUUAUUAAACAAUCCAUCGCGACUCUUGAGUACCUUGAGGAUAUGUGUGAUAACUUCCAGCGUCACCAGGAGGCCCCUGAUCACGAAAUACAAUCCCAGAUGGAGAUGCAAUGA